AUGAUGGACGGAGUGGGAUCUUUCGGGGCGGGCCGCGCCGGGACCACUAUCGACCCUAUUAGUUUCGCCAAACAGCCACAGACCAUCCUCAGAGCCUUAGCGUGGAUCUUCUCACUGGUGGUCUUCGCCUCCAUCGUAAACGAGGGCUACGUCAACAUAGGCAGCGAGCGUCUCUACUGCGUCUUCAACAAAAACGCAGACGCGUGCAACUACGGCGUGUUCGUGGGCCUGGUGGGCUUGUUGGCCUGCUCCUUCUUCAUGUUACUCGACUACAAAUUCUCUUCCAUCAGUUCCGUCAAAGACCGCAAGAAGGCCGUCAUGCUAGAGAUUGGCUUCUCAGGUUUCUGGGCCUUCUUGUACUUUGUAAGUUUCUGCUUCCUGGCCAACCAGUGGUCUCGGACAACGACUGAUGAACUGCCCCUCAACCAGGGCGCAGACGCAGCUCGGGCCGCAAUCGCCUUCUCUUUCUUCUCCAUCAUCACUUGGGCUGGUCUUACAGUGCGUGCCGUGCAGAAGUACCUGCUGGGCACUGACAUGACUCUGUUCACCUCAGAGCACCUGGAUGGCACAGCCCCCACCCAGCCGUGCCCCUCCAACUCACCAGGAGGAGGGGGCACCACCGAGUCCACAGAAACAUACCAAAAUCCUCCGUUCACAGAGAACAACGCGGCACCCACAUAUCAGGUUCCUAUUUACUAG